UUUGGCAUUGUAAAAAGCAAAAAUAUUUGUUUCUUUGACAGUUUUGGUGCCAAAGUUCGGUCUCGGCAAACUGGUAUUAUCCUAAACGAUGAAAUGGAUGACUUCUCGACUCCAGGACUCGUCAAUGGCUUCGGCAUACCUGCUUCGCCCGCUAAUUAUAUACAGCCUGGAAAGAGACCCAUGUCGUCCAUGUGUCCGACAAUAAUACUCGAUCACGAUGGCAAUGUACAAAUGCUGGUUGGUGCGGCUGGCGGUAGCAAGAUCACUACUUCGGUUGCAACGUCAAUAAUCAAAUACCUGAUUUUCAAAGACUCUCUAAGUGAGUCCGUUAACGGAGGCAGACUACACCAUCAAUUGGCUCCAAUGCAAGUAGACUUUGAAACCGAAGUAGACGCGCCAAUCAAAGAGUAUCUGAGCACAGUGGGUCACGUAUUAAAUGAGUUGGCGUCUGGAUCCGGAUUUGCAGCUGUUACUGCUAUCGGAGUACGUGACGGUACCCCAGAACCAUUUUUUGAUCGACGGCGGGUUGGAAGCACUUCUACGGUAACUCUUCGAAAUAAAAUGCAGCAUUAAGCGCCUAUAUAAGAGUAUUACACCCGUCACAAGACUAUGUGUUUGUUCUGUGAUAAUUAUUACAAACACAUUACGGGCCGGUUACUCAAUGUCUGGAUAACACUAACUACAGGUUAAACAUCGUUAUCGACGUUACCGACUCCCUGUUGUAUGCAUGGAGUCGAAGACGUCGAUAACGAUGUUUAACCGCAGAUUAAUGUUAACCAGACAUUGAGUAACCGACCCUAAGUUUGCUAAGCCGUGAAUGCUCUCAUAAUUUACAUAUUUAACGGCACAACGAUGAAUUUGAGUGUACAAAUAAUAAAUCUGUAAUAAAUAUACUAAGUGCAUAGUUAUUCUAGUGUGGUGCGAAUCAUCAGUGAAUGAUGCCUGAAUUUCUUUUUUUUUUUUUUAAUAUUUGUAAGGCAAAAACAGGUACUUAAAUAUUAUUAUUAUUAUUAAACUAUAGAAUGUAAUUUGAAUUACAAGCUAAGAAACUUAAGAGCUAUGGCUGCCGUGGCUUUAAGCUAAGUUCUGAAUUAUGGCUUAUAAAUUAUACUACCAGCUAAAUUAAAAAAUAUAUAUUUGCCAUUUUUACCAAAUUAA